AUUAUACAGAUGACAAAUCCUCCUCUGGAGCUAAAUAUUCAGGGUUGAGGAAGCGGGUCAAAGGGACUGGAAGAAAAGAGUCCACAGAGGUCUGGGUUGGGGUGAAUUUCCAGCAGUCAGUGCUGGGUGAUCACCAUGAGGCAGGCUGUGGAAGCCGAGAGGGUGACGUCGUCCCCUAGACCGAGUGACCAUGGCCUAAGGCAGAUCCUGUCUGACGUGGUAGAGGAGGUGAAACAUUCCAUCAGGAAGGAAAUCAACGGGGCAGAGCUCCUAAACAGCCUCCUCAACGCCCCAUGGCUUAAAUCUCUGCUCCAAGUGUAUGAAUGUCUGCGGCAGCACCAGAGAGAGCCUCCUGCUCCCUUCCUAACGUACACAACACAGCUAAUCCGACAGAUUCUGGCUGACCUGAGAACAGUUCGGAACACUUCUGCUGAGGCCAGGGAGCUUUACAGUCUCCUCAGGGGACCACACUUCCAGGCUCUGACAUCAGCCCAUGAUACGGUGGCCCAGAAGGACUAUGACCCUGUGCUGCCUCCUAUCCCUGACAACCUCGCUGACGAUGAGGAGGCCAUGAGGAUAGUCUGCCUGGCGAAGAACAAGCAGCAGCUGGGAGCCACGAUAAAGCGAAAUGAGAUAACAGGGGAGAUCUUUGUGGCACGAGUGAUCCAUGGAGGACUGGCGGACCGCAACGGGGACAGGAUCACAGAGGUGAAUGGCUACUCUCUAGAUGGCCUGGAGCCUGAGCAGGUCAUUGAGAUACUGGCCCGGUCUCAAGGCACUCUCAUGUUCAAAGUGGUUUCCAUCACAGAUAGACCAGUCAACAACCAGAUGAUACUGUAUGUGCGUGUCAUGGCAGACUACAGUCCCCAGCAGGACCCGGCCAUCCCCUGCGCCGAGGCAGGUUUGGACUUCAGGAAGGGAGACCUGCUGGAGAUCGUGGACCAGUCAGACACCCUCUGGUGGCAGGCCAAGAAACUACCCAGCACCUCGGCACCCUGUGCUGGGCUUAUCCCCUCCACCAACCUGCUCAGGAGGAAACAGAAAGAGUUCUGGUGGUCUCAGCCCUACCAGCCGCACACCUGCAUCACACCCUGUGAGAGGGUGAGUUCAGCACUAACAUCGAGGGGAUCUGACUGGGUUCAGACGUACCCUGCGUCUGUGUCGGCGGCAGUCCCUAAGCACAGGCUCCAGUCAGCAGUCCUGCUACACCCGCUACUCCGGCAGCUGCUACAGUGCCCUCAACAACCCAUACGAAGAGGUGGUACGAUACCAGUGCAACCCGCAGGACAAGCACCGCCUGGUCGCCCUGGUCCCUCUGGCGUUAGGGUGAACGAACUUCGCAGACGGUUAAUCGAAAUCAACCCAGUGACCUUUCAAGGGGCAGUGCCUCACACGACACGAGCCGCUAAGAGCCAUGAGGAGUCUGGUAAAGAGUAUCACUUCAUCAACAGAGAACUGUUUGAGAACAUAGUUCACAACAACAAGUUUCUGGAAAACGGGGAGUACAAAGGUCAUUUCUACAGCACUAGUCUUGAUGCCGUGAAGGAUGUUUUGAACAGUGGAAGGAUCUGUGUCAUCGAAAUCGAGCCUCACGCCAUCCAGUCAGCGAGGACACAUGAGCUCAAGGCCUACAUCAUCUAUGUGAAGCCGCCCACCGCCGAACGCAUGAAGGAGACCAGAAAGGAAGCUCAGAUCACCACAAACUACUACGUCAACAUCCCUUUCAAAGAGGAAGACUUCCAGGAGAUUGAGGAGGCAGCCAGAAAGAUGGAGUCUCACUACUGCCAGUUCUUUGACUGUGAGGAGGGCUCAGGACGAGCCACAGUGGGUUCCUGCCAACUGGAUAUGACGCACAGAGGAGUUUUGAUGAGAAAUGAGGAGAGGAGAGGACAUAAAAGGAUAACAAACAGGGCAUCGUAAAAGAGGGAAUGGAGAACAACAUGGAUGAGGAGUGGCUGUCACCUUUGGCUGCUACUUUUGAAGAUACCCCUCUGCUCUCCAGUGGAAUUUGUUUUGGAUUGGAUUUAUUGUUUUGUUUUGUUUAGUGUGAGUUUGAGAGACUCAUACAGAUACUGUCCUUGUGUCUGCUUGAAUCUGUUGUUGACUAUUUUGCCUAUUCAAGGCUAUGAUGGCGCUGGAUUAAACCAAAAAUCAUGUGUCUGUUUUUCUCUGAAAUUGUGUGCAUAGUUGGGAGAUAAUGUAUUGAUGUGCUACAUAGGCAUGCUAUGAGAGGUUGUAGGUUAACCUUUCAUCUUUCGUUUACAAUUAAAGCAAAUAAUUGUCCAUGCUGAAUUUCUGUAUUUUGUUAGCUAUAAUAUUGUUAUAAUGCCUUCAUUAUUAAAGCAGACGUGGUUGUAACACUUUGCUGCACCCCACAGAUGAACCAGUUCUGCCUGUGCCAGAUACUAACCUUACUCCCACACACACACAGAGAGAGAUGGCUGACACAAACCAUUUAUGAGCUCUGACCUCAGGGGGGCGCUCUGACCUCAGGCGCCAGUUGCUGGUGUCUGCUUCAACAUCUUGUCAAUACAAGAGACAACCCAGACCGGCAUGGCACUCAACGAGCAUGCGCAUGCAUACACACACACACACACACACACACACACACAAACCCCUGUUUCAGGCGGGAGUUCCAAGGACAAAGAACACUACUGAGAACCAAUGGAACAUUGAUAUUAGCCUGAAGGGGACCGCCCUCCACUCACAGCGACCAGUCAGGAGAGCAGAACUACUAGAAUCUACCCACGUCAUUUCACUGUAUAAAAUGUAUUGCACAAUAUGAGUCGGGGCUCCUCCUGCUAGCUCCCUCUGAGCUAAAUGGACGAGCCCGUGCACGUGUUGUCAGAUAUCUUUGCAACUUAUUAAACUGCCUUAAAUAUCAUACCUUA